UUGUGCAUUACGUACGUCAUGAUGACGUACGUAACGCUGACCAAUGGGAUCAGCGUAGCGAUGUGGCAACUCCGCUCACGCUGCUUUAAAGUUAGACGACAUCGGUAUUUAGCCAUCUUGAAUUCUUGUUGGGUUAUGAUAGGUUAGGUUUAUUUAUGUUUGGUCGAUCUUAGUGUUAACGUUUUGUAAUUUGCUCUCAUUGACGCUUAAAAUAAUUUAAAAAGUCAGUCGUUUCCAUUAUUUGACAUUGUUUGUUUAAACACGGUGAGUAGAAUUGGCCGUUUAAUAUUUACCACUUACCAAAACCUUUUACAGCGACUUACAACUUAAAAUUGUGUAGGAAGAUUAUCUGGGAAAAUACGGCACAGAAUAAAUAGUCACAAUGGAAAGUGAAUAUGAGCAAGCUACUUCUACCAAUCUCCCUGUAGUUGAUGAUGUAAUGAUAGAUUUGUAUUAUCGAAGAAAUGUGAAUUUUCUGAUACCAGGUGUUGAAAAUGUGAAAACCGAACGUGGAGCUCGUGCAACUUACGGCGACGAUGCUGUUGGUUAUGUGCAGUUGAGACGACACGAUGAGAUUUGUACUGUCAAAGCUUUGAUUGCACCAGAACAUAAAGUUCGCCUAAAAGGCUAUGAAGUUUCAGUAAGAAUAAAUGAGUCUGAACAAUGCAUAAUUGACUCAAAGUGUUAUGACUGUGCUGCAAGUGAAGGUGGUUGUAAACAUGGUGUAGCCUUACUGUUCUGGUUAUACAGACGUACCUUGGAGCCUUCAGUGACUUCUGUUGAAUGUUAUUGGAGGAAGUCUACUCUGUCUAAAGUUGGCAGUACUAUAAAAGGGCAAAGAAUGAGAGAGUUGUUUAAUUUUCGGCAAGUUCCUUCUUUACCAACAAAAGGAACGACAUUUUUGGACAAAGUAAUUUCUACCGCAUUAAAAUCAGAUAGUCAUUCAAUUCUUGCUACAAUGUAUAAGAGUGAAGUGAAUAUUUUGGAGAAAGCUUCGUUGUACCAUUUAUGUCUUUCUUAUAAAAAAACGACUGAUGCACCAAAUGCAGAAGACUUCAUAUCGUUUUGCCAAAAUAAUUUAAAUAGUGAAAGUUGCAAAAGUAUAGAUACUUUAACAAUAUUGCAGUCACAAUCUAAAGCCUGGUUUGAUGUUAGAUAUGCGAGAAUAACAGCUUCAAAGCUGCAUGAAGUUGCUCACUGCAAAACUGUUGAUGGAGCUACAACUGCUGCAGUUCUGGCAGCAUCAAAAUUUAGAGGAACAAAGGCCAUGAAAAGAGGCCUUAACCUUGAAGAUGAUGUCUUAAAAGUCAUAGCUGAGGAGAAAAAUAUUAAAUUAGAAAGAGUAGGAAUGACCAUAAAUCAUAUGUACCCAAUAUUUGGUGCCUCGGCAGAUGCAAUGUCUGAUAAAUAUUGCGUUGAAAUAAAAUGUCCAAUAAAGACAAAUACUGUAAAAAAUUACAUUACGCCAGAGGGUGAAAUAACUCCUAAACCAUAUGCACAACUGCAGCUGCAAAUGUUUCUUAGUAAAAAACAAUGGGGUUUAUUUUGCGUUGCAUCUCCAUCUUUUGAAACGGACAGAAAUGUGACUAUAAAGGAAAUUCCUUUGGAUGAAAAUUUUUGUCACAAUGUAAUGGAGCAGGCACAAGCUUUUUGGAAAAAAGCGAUUUUUCCAAUUUUAAUUAACUGAUGUUUUCAAUAAUUAUACUUAUUUAUUUCAUAA